CACAGACAUAUUUUGGCCAUGGAUGUAUUCAUGAAAGGAUUUAAUAAAGCUAAGGAAGGAAUGGUAGCAGCAGCAGAGAAAACCAAGCAAGGCAUGACAGAAGCAGCAGGAAAAACAAAAGAAGGGGUCCUCUAUGUGGGGUCAAAGACCAAAGAGGGUGUGGUUCAUGGUGUCACAACAGUGGCUGAGAAAACCAAAGAGCAAGUGUCAAAUGUAGGGGGAGCUGUUGUCACCGGAGUGACAGCCGUAGCCCAGAAGACGGUGGAAGGUGCUGGAAAUAUUGCUGCAGCCACUGGCUUUGUCAAGAAGGAUCAGUCGGGCAAACAG